AGCAUGAAGCUGCCAGAAAACAUUGCAUUCUGCAUUGACAAUCUAAGCCCAGACAUGAUGCCCACUGGAUACAUAACCUAAAAUGGAUUACGUUACGGUUUCACAGCCUGACAUCAUCGUUUGAUCUGAACGGACAAGGUAGAAAAGCAGGAAAGGACCAUGCUGACGUCACCAGGAAACUAGAAUAAAUAUAAAGGUGAGGACCAAAGCGAAGGCAAAAGAAGGAAGAAAAGAAUGAGACAGGUGUAUCAGCAGGACCUCCAUUCAGAAACAUUACUUUAGUCAUUUGGGGACAGAAUAUGGCUAGUGCUUUGCAAUAUUUUGUUCUGAUCCUAAUUCUUGGCAUUCCGAUACAUGAGUGCACGGUGGUUUUCCAAAAUGAAAACUGCAUCAAAGAGGGUCCUUGUUUUGAUCUGAACUUGCUGGCGAAUAUAGCCGUGCAUGUCAGCAAAGAUGUGGUAGCUGCAGAUGGUGAGAAGAUCCUCCUGAGGCACAAUUCCUUUGACAAAAUACGGAAAAGGAAAAAUCUUCACAGCUGUAUCCUGCUGGAAAUCAUCGACCUAUUUCAAAAGGUUCUCAUUGAGACAGAGAGGACGUCACCUGUCCCUCACAAAGACAUUAACUACCAUCGUGAGCUUAUACACAUUUUGGAUCAACUCAGAAACUGUGUUUAUAAGAUAAAAUGUAAUAAGCUAUAUGAAAAGGCUGCAACUUCCCCCAUAAACAUUCCGGAGAAAGAAAUGAAACCAAAACAGCUUGCUAUCUUACAGCUACAAAAACUGAAGAAUGCCAAUGAGAGGCUCAGUGAUGUGCAUAUCCAGGAGAGCGUCAUGGAUGAGCUAAAAACCCUCCAUCUCUACAUGCGGGGAAAAGGCUUCCGGAAAAAUACGAAUGACUAUGGAGAGGCAUAGCGUUCCAUGAAUUGCAGCCAACAAUGUGUUAUGUAACAUCUCUGCCCGUUCACUUUAAGACGUGACAGUUUAAGCAGGGACAGAAUAACAAGCUAUCUCUUCUAAAUUAGACCACAUUUUCCAAACCUUUUGUUUCUAAUAUGGAAUUUUUGUUGUUAAUGCUUUUAGUGCAAAUACCUUUUUUGCUUUAUUUUAAGUAAUGAGUAUUUAAACAGUAUAUGCAUAUUGCUUACGUACUUUCGGUGAAAGAUUGAGUGUACUGCAGUAAACGCAGGUGAGAAAAUA